UAAAAUCUUUCAUCACAGAGGGUACACAUUUAAAAUUUUGUCAUAUCGUUUAAACAAAGCAGAUAUAAAGAUGUGUUUUGAAAUAACAAAGAUGAUUGUUCUGUACUUCAUUUCAGUUUUACUUGGACUCUGCCUCUGUGUUAAACUUAAAUUGUUUCAAACUGAUCAUCGAGUUACCGCUGUAUCUGAAACUUAUGACAAUCUUUCGUUACUGGACUGCUCGGUUCUCUUUCAAAAUGAUAAAAAAAGAUUUUCUUUCAAUUACAACAAAGAAACGCAGAUUUGUGAAAUGAGUAACAACUUCCCUGAGGGUCUGACAAUUAAUUCUACAGGCUGGAAGGUGUACUCACUAGCAAGCAACUACUAUUUUGGAUCAGCUGAUGUUACGCAGCCGGAAGCUGUGGCAAUCUGUGAUGGUAUGUCUGCGAGACUUGUAAUUAUUGAAAGUCAAGAAGAGUUGGAUUUUCUUGAAACUCAAGUACUAGGCUUUGACCACUGGAUCGGCAUGACGUGUCCCUCUGGUACGAAUUGCAAAUGGGUUGAUGGCAGAAGUGCCGAUUCUGGUUUCACGCAAUGGGCGCCUAACCAGCCAUCCGGUGGUAUGGAUUGUGUAUGGAUUGGUUACCUAGGAAACAGCUUUGAUGAUUUUUAUUGUUAUGCUUCACAUAAAGUACUUUGCGAGUACCUUUAAAAUAUUGUUUCCCUAAAUACUUUAAAUGUGACCAUUUGAAGAUAUAUAUUGCUUUUUUUGUGAAAUGAAUUUGAUAUGUGAAGAUGAAUUAUAAUCUAGGAAAAUAUAGUGUAAUAGAAGGGCAUUUUCAAAAGAAGUAAACCAAGUUUUUAACUUUGAAAUUAAUUUUAUUAUGUUUCUUUAACGGCUUAUCAUUUACAAUUCAAAGUGUCGAUUAGCUUCGUAAUCGUACUCGAAGGCAUGAAAGAACAGUAACGAAAACGAUAUAUCUGUUUGAAUUUACAUUGGGAAUAAUUAGCAAGAUUUUGAUUCAGUACUUGAUGAUAACUUGUUUUUACAUAACACAAAAGUAUGUAUGGUUUUGAUUUAUGUUAUCAUCAGAACAAGUUUGAAUUGUUGUAUUGCUUUCUGUCAUCAGAAUUUAUUUUUAUUUAUGUUGUAUUGCUUUAUGCCAUUAGAACUAUUUUUAUGUAUGUUGUAUUGCUCUAUGUCAUUAGAACUAUAUUUUAUUUAUGUUGUUCUAUUGCUUUAUGUCGCCAUUAGUAGAUUUAUGUUUUAUUGCUUUAUGGCUUGCGAACUAGGUUUUAUUUAUUAUGUAUACAUUGUAUUGUUUUCUUCAGAACUAGUAUUUUUUUGUUUUGUUUAUAAUAUAUUGCUUUAUGUAAACCCUGGGGUUAAAAAAAUUGCUUCACGUACUUACUUUGUGUAAGUAUACAUAAUUCCGAGUAUGUGAAAUGCUUUUUUUACUCGGCAAAUGAUAAUAUUUUCAGAUUUGGAGAUGUUUUCGCCUUUGGAUGAUCAACUACAUGUCGUUUUGUACGCGAACAAAAUAUGU